AUGAGAGUAUUAUUUUUGUCACAAUAUCGUAUCAUGGUAUUAUUGUGUGUGUGUGUGCGUGUGUUUGUGUAUGUGUAUGUGUGUUAUGCAAGUUGUGUGCAGAAUUUGUAUGUUUCUAAAUGUCUGAAUGUGCCUGUACUUGUGUGUAGGAGAUUCUGUGUGACUGUAUGUGUUUGGGAAUGUCUGAAUGUGCCUGUACUUUUGUGUAAGAGUGUGGUGUCUGAGUCUGUGUGUGAAUGUCUAAUGUGCCUAUAUUUGUUGUGUAGAAGUCUGUGUGUGACUGUAUCUGUCUGUAUAUACUGUAUCUGUCUAUACAUGCCUGUGCUUGUCUUUGAAUGUGUAUUGUCUGUUUGUCUCCAAGCUUUGUGCGGGUUGUGCGUGUGCUUAUAUAAGUUUGAAAUUGUCUGUGUAUGUGUUUCUACAAAUGUUGUUCUUUUUCACAUGCUCAAAUAUUCUAAAUUGUUAUUGUUCGGUUUUUUGAUCAUUUACCUUAUUAUCAUUCGAAUAAAAAAAGAAAUAAUAAUAAUAAUUAUUUAA